UUACCUCAGAGACGGCUAGUCAAUGGAGUCAAGCGGUCACGCCAAUGCGAUAAUAUUGGUGACAAACGAGGCCGUAGCCGAUGUAAAGAGAUUUUUAGUUGAAACAGUGCACCGGGCGCAGAUGAAUGCCAUUAAGACUGCCAUGACCGCGGAGGAAUAGCUUCAGAGCUGGCUCGUCUGCAGCUAACGCGUACCAACACAAAGGCCUAUGUAGCUAGUUAGCGUCAGUUCCUCAGCUAGCAAGCGAGCAAGUGAUUCAACGCCAACCUCAGCUGGAGCAACUAAACAGGCGUGCCAUUUUAAUGUUUUAUCCUUAACGGAGUUAAUCUGCUCCAUCCGCAAGAUAGCAUUUGCGUAUUUAUUUGCGUCUCCACGAUAAUGGCGGAACAGCAGCAGAAUUUGGACAGGAGCUGCUGGGUGUGCUUCGCCACAGACGAGGACGACCGCACGGCAGAGUGGGUGCGUCCGUGUCGCUGCCGUGGCUCCACCAAGUGGGUUCAUCAGGCCUGCCUGCAACGCUGGGUGGAUGAGAAGCAGCGGGGCAACAGCACGGCACGUGUGGCCUGCCCACAAUGCAAUGCAGAGUACCUCAUCGUCUUUCCCAAGCUGGGUCCUGUGGUCUAUGUGCUGGACCUGGCUGACCGGCUCAUCUCUAAAGCCGGACCCUUUGCCGCUGCUGGCAUCAUGGUGGGCUCCAUCUAUUGGACAGCUGUCACCUACGGAGCUGUCACUGUCAUGCAGGUGGUGGGCCAUAAGGAGGGCCUGGAUGUUAUGGAGCGGGCCGACCCUCUGUUCCUGCUCAUUGGCCUGCCCACCAUCCCUGUCAUGCUGAUCCUCGGCAAGAUGAUCCGCUGGGAGGACUACGUCCUGCGUCUGUGGAGGAAGUACUCCAACAAACUGCAGAUCCUCAACAGCAUCUUCCCAGGGAUUGGCUGCCCAGUUCCUCGUAUCCCGGCAGAGGCCAGCCCCCUGGCAGACCACGUGUCAGCCACACGGAUCCUGUGCGGCGCUCUGGUCUUCCCCACCAUUGCCACCAUUGUGGGGAAGCUCAUGUUCAGCAGCGUCAACUCUAACCUGCAGAGGACCAUCCUGGGAGGUAUUGCCUUUGUGGCCAUCAAGGGGGCGUUUAAGGUGUACUUCAAACAGCAGCAGUACCUGAGGCAAGCCCACCGCAAGAUCCUCAACUUCCCCGAGCAGGAGGAGGCCUGAGGAGGCCGGGCGGUCCGGAGGGAAGCUGGCCGGCUGGACGAACCACACACACCUCUGCUGGAGGGGCGAGGGGAGGGAGGGAACGAACCGUCAGACUCUGAGCAGGAAGCGCUGGUGAAACGGACUCGGGAUCAGUGUCACCCCUUACUCACCCACUCCUCCUCCACACGCCUCACCCCUCUCACCCCUCCUGGAGCCGACAUUCACGCAGGAAUCCCCCACCACCGCCACUACACUUUGUUUUUAUUUCGAUGCUUUUGUGAGGUGACGACAGAAAAGACACACUCAUCCGUUGCGCACGCACAUUAACACUCUUUCCCAAGAACUCCAGCUGUGUGACUGUAAGGUGGAUGUGCUUCUACAAUCACGUAAAUAAUACUUAUUGUAAACUUACUGUAUUUUAAAGGAAAAGAAAAUGCGGGGCAUGUGUAAUUAGAAAGUUUUAUAAUAAUAUUAAUAAUAAAUAAUUGUUUUAUAAUGUUUAUUUUGCAGAUCUAAAAACAAAAGCCCCCUUUGCCAAUGUUUGGGGGCUGAUGUUGAAUGAAGUUCAGUGAGUGGAAUGUAUUAAUGAUAAACAAUAAAAGUGUGUUGACAGAUCAUCAUCAUGAAUCAUGAUGCAGUACGUUACAACAUCGCAACCAGCAAGCAUUUAGGAGAAAACUAACCUAACACACUGGCCACACCUAGGAUGUUAAUAUAGAGUUGUGUUGUAGAGCCCUGCGUUAUUUGAACGACUUUGGUGUUUAAUUCUUUUAGUGCCCAUGCCUUGGCAGUGUUCACGUCUGUAGCUUUAUCUCCAUUUUACAAAACAUUUCACUUGAUGUGUUUCGAAGCUUCGCUGGCCGCCGCAGCCCUCCCCAAGUUUUGGUUGAGCUCCUGCAGGACGAGCCCGUCGCUGCAACGGAUAAAAUGGAGGCUUUUGAAAGCUUCGGGCGACGCUUGGAACAACGCUCGAUGCAGCACUUUUCAAUGGGAGACGUGGAAUGAAAAAAUUUCAGCCUGGACUGAUGCUGUCUGGGUUUUUAUUUGACUUGUCUGGGUGUGAACUGUAGCUCAGGUCAGCCUGUGCUUCUGAGGUCAUUGCCACGGAGACGAGGGUGAAACUUGGACUUGAUUGAAAAUGCGUCACUGGAGUUAAAUUAUUAUGAUUUUGGGCAGGACUCUUGGAAAAUUGAAGGGUCAGUUCAACAAAAAAAGAUAAGAACCAUAUUUUCCUAAUUUAUGAUUCGUAUCAAGGCGUGCAGAUAGUUUUGGUUUCAUUUCAUGGUUUUAUUUGCAUUAGAAAAUACACUUCUGAUUUGGGACCAUUUAUUUAGUAGAAAAUAAAAAACCUUUCACAGCAACUUGCUGUUUUCUUUAUGUAUAUUUAAAUGCUGUCAGUACAACAGUAGUGUUUUGUUUGUCUUGGCUUUCAGAUUGCCAUUACUAGCCCAAUGUAAGUACUCAGAAAGAAGAUGGGGCUUUUUGUUGUUUUUAGUGAACUGAUUCCUUAACAUCCAGAUGGUAGAGCCCGACCGAUGCUUGAUUUUUCUAACUCUUUUGGGAAGUAAAUUCUGAUAUCAAUAUAUUGGCCAAUAUAUACACAUUGUUUGCAGCUAUCCUUUAGAGGUGGUUGUCAAUCAACAAUGACAAAGAUAUGUAACAGAGGCAGGACAUUUUUUCAGCUGAACAAUAACCCUUGCCUUAAAAUGUCGACGUGAAUUUAAUAAUCACAAACUAUUCCAACAUUGUUUUUCUGCCUAAUCUCUUUAAUACAAGAGUCUUUAUAUCUGGCAACUUGUACGUCAACGCAGUACAUAUGUGAUAAGCCAAUAUCGGUCAAUAAAGUUAUCAGUCGGGCUCUACAUAAUGGUAAAUAAGCUUGUUUUUUUUAUCCGUGGGAGUGUGAUGUGAUUAUGAAUUUCACUUUUUUUAUGUGGCAACUGUCGAAUGAGUAAGCUCCAAGUCGAAGGAGCUUCAACAGUGUGUGACUUCCUGUGACGAGGCACGGCCAACCACUCGGAAUAUUUAACCCGCACAUACAAACUGUGCCUGCUUUACGGACGUCCUCCCGCAGCCUGCAAACCACAGCCUCCCCCCUGCACAUCCACUGUAAAAGUCUCCACUCUGCCAAAAGAGACGUCCGAGUCUGAACUGUGUUGUACAGACGACGUGUCUGACUUUAGAGCUCUAUGGUAUCAGUUCUGUGAAUAAAUGUAUUUUUCCAAUG